AAGAAAUUUAAGGCCUAGAAUCCAAACAAGGUUUUUAAAAGUUCUCCGUGAAAUAAGAGCUAAAGGGAAUUUUAAUUAAAAAGAAAACAGAAUGAAGCUGACCUUACUAUUCUUUUUUCUGUUAGGAUUUAAACUUGCAGAAUCCGGAUGUCAGUUUGGCGAAAUUGAAUACGCAGGAUAUCCAGUUUCUCCUUUCCCAAUCAGAAAGACUAUUGUGUUUGACAGACCGUUUGCAGAGCGACCUGCCUUUAUUUACGGAAUUAAAAUGUUGGAUGUCAACUUUGCUGAAAACACUAGGGCUGUUGUGGAACUGGAUCACUUAAAUAAUACCCAGUUUACCCUAAUAUUGAGUACAUUUCACGACACAAAGAUGUACGGGCUUGGCGCGACUUGGAUGGCAUGUCCUUGAUAUAGACAUGACUCAAGUUUUGAUAUGAAGUCGUACAAUACCUCGGAAACAUUCUAAAGUGUUUAGCAAUGCAUUUUAGCCAUGUGUUCAUCGAAUGAUGUUUUUUCGAAAAUUCAAGUCCUAUUUUGUAUACAAUGUAUUUGUAUAUUUACCAGUUAUUUUUGUUUAUAAAGAUAUCUAUGAUGUAUAUAUUGAUAAAAAUCGCACUCUAUGUUUUACAGCUAUUUUACACCCACUAUUUUACUCUGCAAAGGAUAUGGGUUUAUAGGGUAUUACUUCUGCCUUUUUUAUUUUUUGUAAAAAUACGAUUAUUGACUGAAAUGAUAUCAAUAAAAUGAUGAAAUCAA